ACCUGCUCUUCUCUAGCCGGUGGGGACAGGAAGCGGACUUUGUUCCUAACUCUCCCUGUUUGACACCUACUUUCGUUAGGAACAACGUUAAACCUUUUGAGUGUAUUGUUUUUCCCCUUGCAUCCCACCAUCAUCAGGCUUUGAGAAGAGGCGUUUUUUUUCUGUGGCCAGCGGGUGACAAUAGCCAUGAAGUGGGGCUGGGUGUUUUUAGGGGUUAUCCUCUCUUUGGGGACCCUGUCCUGGGGGGAGAAGGGCUUGGAGAUCCCCGAGUACGAUGGCAAAGACCGCGUCCAUGCUCUCAGCGCCAAGAACUACAAGUCCAUCAUGAAGAAGUAUGACGUGAUGGUGAUCUACUACCACAAAAACGUGGACGGAAACCGCAGUGCCAUGAAGCAGUUUCAGAUAGAGGAGCUGGCUUUGGAGUUGAUCGCAAGUCAAGCAGCAAUUAUCUUUCAGCUCGCAGCUCAAGUUCUGGACGAUCUGGACGACGAGGACAUUGGAUUCGGUCUGGUGGAUGAAAAGAAGGACUCUGCUGUUGCCAAGAAGCUGGGUCUGGACGAGGUGGAGAGCAUUUACAUCUUUGCCGACAACGAGAUCAUCGAGUACGAUGGAGAGCUGGCCUCCGACACCCUGGUUGAGUUCCUCUACGAUGUCAUCGAGGACCCAGUGGAGAUCAUCAACAACGAGCGCGAGCUGAAGGGUUUCUUCAACAUCGACGAGGUUAUCAAGCUGGUCGGCUUCUUCAAGAGCGAGAAGUCUCCUCAUUUCAUCGAGUACGACGAUGCUGCAGAGGAGUUCCACCCAUUCGUCAAGUUCUACGCCACUUUUGACCCCAAGAUUGCCAAGAGGCUGAAGCUGAAGAUGAACGAAGUUGAUUUCUACGAGCCGUUCAUGGAGGAACCCGUCACCAUCCCAGGAAAGCCCUACAUCGAGUCUGAGCUCGUUGAAUACAUUGAGCAGCAUGACAGGCCCACUCUGAGGAAGCUCGAGCCUCACAGCAUGUACGAGAUCUGGGAGGAUGAUAUCGAUGGAGAGCACAUUGUUGCCUUUGCUGAGGAGGACGACCCUGAUGGUUACGAAUUCCUGGAAAUCCUGAAGGAGGUGGCACGUGAAAACACAGAUAACCCCAACCUCAGCAUCAUCUGGAUCGACCCCGAUAACUUCCCCCUGCUGGUUCCAUACUGGGAGAAAACCUUCCGCAUCGACCUCUCGUCUCCUCAGAUCGGUGUGGUUGAUGUUGAGGACGCUGACAGCGUGUGGAUGGAGAUGGACGACGACGAUGACAUGCCUACAGCCGAUGAGCUGGAACAGUGGAUUGAAGACGUUCUGUCUGGAAAGAUCGAUCCAGACGAUGACGAUGACGACGACGACGACGACGACGAUGACGAUGACGAUGAUGAUGAUGACGAUGAUGACGACGACGACGACGAUGAUGAUGAUGACGAUGAUGAUGAUGAUGACGAUGAUGAUGAUGACGACGACGAUGAUGAUGACGACGACGACGAUGACGAUGAUGAUGAUGACGACGAUGAUGAUGACGAUGAUGAUGAUGACGACGAUGAUGAUGACGACGAUGAUGAUGACGAUGAUGAUGACGAUGAUGACGACGACGAUGACGAAUAAAUGUUUACUACCAUCUUUCACUUCACAAUGUUUUCGCCAGUAACGGCAAAACCCCAAAGUAGCUCCACCGUUUUUCUUACACCUUGCAGCGAACACACUUUGUGCCUGUUUGCUCUUUGUACGGUUUCCUAUGAGGGACAAAUGUAACGACCCGAUGGGAAGCUUUCACUGCCAGUUAGGGAAGGAGAUUUUCAGAGAAGCCGAGAAUGUCUGUGUUCUCUGUUGAUGAACAGGGUUGCAGCUUAACUUGUUAGUGUUAUUUGUCCUUUGUGACUGUACAAAAAUGUGCUCAUCUCUCACCUCUGGCCUUCACAACGAACGUGAGCGAAGAGGUUGACGGACUCUCCUGACAUUUUCUAGCCGAUAUCACAGACCUGGGUCCCCCCCUUUCUCAUUUUCUCCAGUUUACUGUAAAUCUGUUCCAAUGACACAUUUUCUACUUGAUGAAGAGAAGAAACACUUUCUUGUACUUUUUUUUGUAAAAGUGAAUAAACCUAAACUCACUAGACAGUCUUAAGAUCAUUACAGUCUUGGAAAAGUAAUAUACCGGAUAAUAAAAAUUGCAAAACAAGUUGUUUCUGCUCUCAUAUUAAAAAUGAAAGAAAAACCAUUUUAAAA